AUGGCCACAGAAGAUAAACACAAUGCAUUGUCUGUGGAUGCUUUAUCAGCCACAGAAGCGAUACUACAGGUGAUUCAGCCUGAAAAACCAGUGUUGGUCACUGCAGGAGAGACCGCCACACUGAAAUGUACUGUGACCUCUCUGAUUCCUGUGGGACCCACCCUGUGGUUCAGGGGGCAAGGACAAGGCCGGGAGUUAAUCUACAAUUUCAAAGGAGGCCACUUCCCACGAGUCACAAAUGUGGCAGAUACCACACAGAGAAACAACAUGGACUUUUCAAUUCGAAUCUCUAAUACCACUCCUGCAGAUGCGGGCAUCUACUACUGUGUCAAGUUCCAGAAAACAGACUUUGAGAACAAGGAGCUGUUGUCUGGAGGAGGCACCAAGAUGUUUGUGGGUGCCACAGAUGAGAUUCUGCAGGUGAUUCAGCCUGAGAAACUAGUGUUGGUCACCGCAGGUGAGACAGCCACUCUGCACUGCACUGUGACCUCCCUGUUCCCUGUGGGACCCAUCCUGUGGUUCAGGGGGCAAGGACAAAACCGGGAGAUAAUCUACAAUUACACAGGAGGCCACUAUGCCCGAGUCACAAAUGUGGCAGAUGCCACACUGGAAAACUACACAGACUUUUCAAUCCGAAUCCGUAACGUCACCCCUGCAGAUGCAGGCACCUACUACUGUGUCAAAUUCCAGAAAACAGGCUCUGAGGACAAGGAGAUUCUGUCUGGAGGAGGCACCAAGAUGUUUGUGAGUGCUAAAACCCUCUCCCCCAUGGUGUUAGGCCUUGGGGCAAGGGCCAUCCUUGGGCAUACAGUGAAUUUCACCUGCAAGUACCAUGGCUUCUUCCACAAAAACAUCAACCUGAAGUGGCUCAAAAAUGGAAAUGAACUCUCUGACUUCCAGAUCAGUGCAGACCCCAAAGAGACUAUUUCCUACAACAUCUUCAAUAGAGCCAGGGUGGUGCUGGACCUUCAUGACAUUUGCUCACUGAUCAUUUGUAAGAUGGUCCAUGUCACCUUGCAGGAGUACUCUUUUCAUGGCAUUGCCAAAUUGUUGGACAGCAUCUGA